AUGGGCGUUCAGCUGGGUGAGGGAGGCUUUGGAACGGUUCAUGCAGCCACACGUUUGGAGGAUGGCCAACAGGUGGCGAUUAAAUUGGUCUCCAACAGCAAGACGGAGUUCAUCAGCAUUGACGGUUAUUCAAAGCCUCUUCCUCUGGAGGUCGCUCUGUUACUUCUGACAGACGAAGGCCCUCGGGUUCAGGAAGUCAUCCAGCUUCUGGACUGGCGCGUGGAGCCUGACCGCUAUAUUUUGGUCCUUGAGCGGCCCAUGCACUUUGAGGAACUGAAUUGGUUUCUCCUGCAGCGAAUAGUGACCAUUGAAGAGGACGUGGCACGAGUUAUAAUGCACCAGGCAAUAUUCGCAGCUCGAACAUGCUGCCUGCGUGGAGUGUUUCACCGGGAGAUUAAGCUGGAAAACCUUCUGAUUAACCCGGACACACUCCAAGUCAAAUUAAUCGACUUUGGCUGCGGUGCGAUCCUCACCGACGCGGGUUACACGUCCUUUGCUGGCACUAGAGAGUACUGCCCUCCUGAGUAUCUGACCACCGGCAAGUACCACGGGAAACCAGCUACAGUGUGGUCACUCGGGAUCCUCGUGUUUGUAAUGCUGUGUGGGGAUUUUCCAAAAAGACGAGACCUGCGCAAGAUCAACAGUAACACCUGGAGCAGAGAUGGCUUGUCAAAAGAAUGCUGUGAUUUUAUUCGCUGCUGUCUGCAAAUCGAUCCAAAGCAGCGGAUUGAACUGGAGAAGCUCAGUCUCCACGAAUGGUUUAUGGUAAACACAUUUUGAUGAUUUUGAAGAAUUUUUGAAUUGUUUUGGUCUGACAGUAGCUUUUUUCCC